AUGGAGUGGUUGGGCUACGCAAACAUCGGCUUCACCCAUGCGAAGCAACCUCGCGUCGUCCAUGACAAGCAAGGGGCCAAGACCGAUCUCCUCAAGAUCGUCGAAAAGACCACACCGCCAUGUGUCCUGAACCCGUUGCUGCUCAAUGGGCACAUGCAGACCCUCUGGUCAGCCACCAAGCCAGUUGGCCCCAAGAUCUACUACAAGCGCAAAGUCUUCGAGUCCGACCACGAGACGUUCGUCGGCACCUUUGCCGUCGAUUUUGUUGUGGAUGAAUACGAGGGGGAGGAUGCAGCUUUGUUUCGGCGCACCACGUAUUUCGGCGAGGAGGAGUUCAAGCAGUUCGAGUCCGAAGAUGACAAGCCCAUGGCUAUCAUCAUGCACGGCGUUGCUGGAGGGUCGCAUGAAGUGUACUUGAGACAUGCCGUUGCCCCUUUGGUUGAGGCAGGCUGGGAGGCCUGUCUCGUGAAAUGGUUGAAGGGGAGGUUCCCCAACAGGCCUCUAUAUGGAGUGGGAUUCUCUCUGGGAGGAAACAUGCUCACAAACUUCUGCGGCGAGGAAGGCGAGAACUGCCUUCUCAGCGGCGCAGUUGUGUGCUCAAACCCGUACAACCUGGAGCUCUCUAACACUCUUCUCAGUGGCCAGUACUUGGGGAAGAACUAUUUGAAUAUAGUUAAAGAUGCACUCGUUGCUUAUGUGAAGAAGCAUAGACAUAUUCUUGAAGAACAUCUUGAUAUCGAAGCCGUUGUAAAAGCAAAGAGUAUGGAAGAAUUCGAUCGCCUAGUGGAGUGUGAAAUCUGGGGAUACCCAACCGAGUCGGCAUACUAUCGCGAUGCCUCAUCUUCCGACUCCGUGCUGGCUAUUCGGAUCCCAUUUUUGGCAAUUCAUGCCCUUGAUGACCCGGUGGCUCCCAAGGAAGCCGUGCCCUGGCAAGAGUUCAAGCAGAACCCGAACACGGUGCUACUUACGACGUCAAUGGGUGGCCAUAUCUCCUGGUACGAAAGUGGAGGUGGCAGAUGGUUUCCCAAAGCAAUUGCUGGUUUCCUUAACCAUCUGGCGUUCCAGGCAGAUCCGGAGAGUCUUGGAGCAGUCAAGUAUAUCAAAGAUGACAAGGACACCAAGAACAUGGAGUAUUUUGGAACUCGUCGGAAGAUGUUGAUUGAGCACUAA